AUGGAUUAUUGGGCCGACUCCCAGGGACCGGCACGGAAGAAGAUGAGGAAAGGAACCAAGAGCUGCACAGAGUGUCGACGGCGCAAGAUUCGAUGUACUUUCCACCCUGAUCGACCGAACACUUGCAAUGAAUGCCGAUCCAGAGGUAUGCAUUGUGUUGACCAAGAACACACUGUCAUAACCCCUCCACUAUCGGGAUCAGGCUCCCAGCAUGUUGAACAGCCAUAUAGCCUCCGAGAGCGAGUGACUCAGUUGGAGAAUAUCGUAGACUCCUUGACCAAACGAUUAGACCUACAGAGUACGACUACCCCGCCUGAGGAGCGCCAUGAGGCUAUUCGCCCACCACCGUGUUUGGCAGCCCAGCCAAAGCCCCCGGUGGCCGAGUCAGACGAAUUAGGUCCAUGCAGUGACCAGAUACAGAAUGCGCCUGUCCUGCAGUUGUUCGACAAUUACCUCGUGAGCCGCCGGGAGGACCCAUCCAACAAUGAUAAGUUUGCUGGCAUCAAAGACAUGUCACUCAAGGCGCAAGCUGUGCGGGCAGAGCUUAUCGCUCUCCUUCCUCCCAGGGAAGACAUCAACAUGAUCAUCAAUGCCUCGUUCCAUUGGCAUGUCUGGCAGGAUCACUUCCCAGACAUCUUCCGUACGCGUGAAGGCAAGCUCGUCCUCAGCGAAGGCUGUUGCGAUUCAUUGGUGGCCCCCGCCGAAGUUGCCAAAGCCCUGAUGUGUCUUUGUAUCAGCGCGGCCCAUGCACCACCAGACUUUGACUGGCAGAAUUUGAGUGCGCCUUGGGACCCGGAAGAAUUUCAUCAUAAAUGCAUCGACGCCGUUGACAGGACGAUCGUUCGCGAUGAUGAAUUUGCAGCCACUUUGCCCGGCAUAGAGACUCAAAUGCUGCUUUCCAAGGUAUAUCAGGCCGAAGGUCGGCUGAGAAAAGGCUGGCUGGUGAACCGUCGGGCAAUUGAAUUUGCCCACCUGGCCGGAAUGCAUCUGUCAACCAAGACAAAGAGACCAGGAGAUACCUUGUUCGAACGACGUAUCAAGAUCUGGUGUGCGCUGGCUAUCUCAGAUCGGACACUGAGUCUUAUUCUCGGUCUACCUUACGGGGUAGCCGAAUCCUUCAUCAGGCCGCAAAUAGAGCAGCGCCUCCGUUCAAACCUGACGGCCCCGGAGCAAUACCUGCUGCGCAUCGGCAUUAUAAGCGGACGCAUGGUGGACCGCAACCAAGACCCAUCUAAAAUGACGCUUACAAAAACAUUCAAACUGGAUCAGGAAUUACAGAACUCUUGGAACUCCAUGCCAGAUCGCUUCAAGGCCGCAGAGCCUUUUCCAGACGAGAAGUGGGAGCAUUAUAUCGAGAGGGUCCCACUACAAUUCUUGCUCAAACUUUUGCGCGCCUUUCUUCAUCUUCCACUGAUGUUGAAAUCUCCACUCGAUCCUCAAUUCUACCCUAGCCACGUCAUUGCACUUCAGUCCGCAAGAGAAGGCUUGGUAUUAUACAAAGUUCUUCGGGCCACUAACAAGCACUUCAUGUGCAAAAUGCUCGAUUUCAUGGCUUUCACUCUCUGUUUGCUUUUGAUCAUUCAUCUGGAAGGCUAUUCCGAUGAGACACCCGAUUACAGCAAAGAGCAGGACGAGAAAGACUGGGUCAUGGUCAAGGACGUUCUCGACACGCUACGCCAGGCAGCGAAAGAAGUCGGAGGCUCCGUCGCAGCCGAAUCAGCCAACAUACUGGGUGCUAUAUUCGACUCCAGGAACUGCAAAAAAGACUGGUGCACCAUCUCAGCCUGCAAGAUUACCGUGCCAUACUUCGGUACUAUCGCAGUAGGGGCUGGGUCGAAGUUCUCCAAGGGCCUCAAAACAAAAGAACAGCCACCGAACACGUCAACCACGCCCGCGACAGAGGCACCCUCCACAGGGCAAUGCUCCGGCCAACUCUAUACCCCGCCGAUGUCUGACCAAGAGGUCUCAUCAAUCUCAAACCCCGAUGGCACGAAUGAGCCUUCCCUCACCCCAACCAUGUGCCCCGAAUAUCACGAUGAGUCUUGGCUACCGCGAGGAGACAUGCUCCCGGGUGAAAAUGCACACGUUGGGCAAGAAUUGAAUGCAUUCAGUGGGCUGUUUGAUGACUUUGGUCAGUACAUGUGGCCGAACCCUGACGUUGAUCUUGGACUCGAUCAAGGCUGGGACUUGAAUUGGCUCGGUGGAGUACCAUCAUGA